AUGAGGGCCAACAAGGCAACGGUCUUAACGUUUGCUGAGAAAUGCAAGAGCAUACUGUCUUCCAACUGGCAAGGGCAACUCAAUACCAUAAAGGCUGAUGCUAAAGGAAGUAAGGAAGACAUAUACAGAUCAAAGGUUAAGUACAUCUGCAAAAGAGGGAAGCCAUACAUUUGGGUACCCGAAAAGGAGUUGCAUAAUGUGAACGUAAUUGUUGAUGAACGCAGUUCAUUUGCUGUGGCCAAUCCCAUCCCAGGCCCACUGGCAAGCUUGCUUAGAUCGAUAAAAAAGUCACCAGCUCGAGUUGCUCUGAUUGGAGAUGUUGUACCUCUAACAGAUGCAAAGGUUAAGUCUGCAACAGAAGUCCUUAAAGAAGUCGUACUGUCAGAACAGAAAGCAAUAAGUGAGUCCAGUUAUACAGUUUCAGGUGUAUUAAGUUCUUCUGAUCAUAGCUGUACAUCACGAAGCGAAAACCUUAAGGAGGUCUUGGAAGGGGACGAAAAGUACAUAGUUUAUAAGUUCAACCAAAGAUCAUGCAUGUAUGUUGACGGCAAUGGAGACACUCAUGAGAUUGAUCAGGAAGAUAUGAACGCAUCUAAAGCAGAUCCGUUAGCUCUUUUGUCCGCUAAGCUUAUCGAUGGGAUAAAUCAAAGCGCUGCCAGACGCAGAGCCCUCAUGCUUUUCUGCUUGACAUACUUCAAUACAAAUGCAAAGGAUGCAUACAUGCUGUCUAUCGAUCGUAAGGGAUUUGAGGUAUUGAGCAAGGUUCCCAGUCCUGCGAUGAAGGAUGGAUAUGGCCAGUUUCAGUGGAAGCAAUUUAGAUUAUCUUUGAAGGAAGAGGCACGUGAUGUCGAAGCAUUCUGCCGCCAACUUGUGGAAAUGGAAGAGGAGGCUGUUAAGGAGGUUUCAGGCCACAGUGGUUUAGCAUGA